UUGUCUCCCGAGCGCGGGCAGCGCCGCCCGAGCCGCUGGGCUGGGGAAGCACUAGCCGUUGGCUCCCGGGCCGGCCCCUCCAGGCGCUCGCAGGCAUGCAGCCCGGGAGCAGGCGGCGUGCCCCGGGCCGCUGCUGAGCCGGCCGGGGCGGCGGGGACCAGCGCCUGCCGAGCCCCUCCCACCUUGCCCCGGGGCCGACGAGCGGCGCCCCGGCACCCCGCUCUUCGCCCGCAGCCCCGCCAGCGCCACCCCCCGCGGGCCGCAGGGGCUCAUGCAGCCGCCAAGGGAGAGGCUAGUGGUAACAGGCCGAGCUGGAUGGAUGGGUAUGGGGAGAGGGGCAGGACGUUCAGCCCUGGGAUUCUGGCCGACCCUCGCCUUCCUUCUCUGCAGCUUCCCGGCAGCCACGUCCCCGUGCAAGAUCCUCAAGUGCAACUCCGAGUUCUGGAGCGCCACGGCCGGCAGCCACUCCCCGGCCUCGGACGACGCCCCCGAGUUCUGCGCGGCGCUGCGCACCUACGCCCUGUGCACGCGGCGCACGGCCCGCACCUGCCGGGGCGACCUGGCCUACCACUCGGCCGUCCAUGGCAUAGAGGACCUCAUGAGCCAGUACAACUGCUCCAAGGAUGGCCCCACGUCGCAGCCGCGCCUGCGCACCCUCCCGCCGCCGGGCGACAGCCAGGAGCGCUCCGACAGCCCCGAGGUCUGCCACUACGAGAAGAGCUUCCACAAGCACUCGGCGGCCCCCAACUACACGCACUGCGGCCUCUUCGGGGACCCGCACCUCAGGACUUUCACAGACCGCUUCCAGACCUGCAAGGUGCAGGGCGCCUGGCCGCUCAUCGACAAUAAUUACCUGAACGUGCAGGUCACCAACACACCUGUGCUGCCCGGCUCGGCAGCCACCGCCACCAGCAAGCUCACCAUCAUCUUCAAGAACUUCCAGGAGUGUGUGGACCAGAAGGUGUACCAGGCAGAGAUGGACGAGCUCCCCGCCGCCUUCGCCGACGGCUCCAAGAACGGCGGGGACAAGCACGGGGCCAACAGCCUGAAGAUCACGGAGAAGGUAUCGGGCCAGCACGUGGAGAUUCAGGCCAAGUACAUCGGCACCACCAUCGUGGUGCGCCAGGUGGGCCGCUACCUGACUUUCGCGGUCCGCAUGCCCGAGGAGGUGGUCAACGCCGUGGAGGACAGGGACAGCCAGGGCCUCUACCUCUGCCUGCGGGGCUGCCCCCUCAACCAGCAGAUUGACUUCCAGGCCUUCGGCACCAACGCCGAGGGCCCCGGCCCCCGCAGGCCGGCGGCCGCCAGCCCAGCCCCCGCGGCCCCGGACACCUUCCCGUACGAGACGGCCGUGGCCAAGUGCAAGGAGAAGCUGCCCGUGGAGGACCUCUACUACCAGGCCUGCGUCUUCGACCUGCUCACCACGGGCGACGUGAACUUCACGCUGGCUGCCUACUACGCCCUGGAGGACGUCAAGAUGCUGCACUCCAACAAGGACAGGCUGCACCUGUACCAGAGGACUCGGGAGCCACCGAGCCGGGCGGCGGCUGCCGGGCUGCCCCCCGCCCCCCGGCCCCUCCUGGGCGGCCUGCUGCUCCUCGCCCUGCUCCCCGCCUUCCUGGAGGCCGCGGCCAUGUAGGGCAGAGAGGGGCCGCUGCCUGUCCCUGAGCCGGGGAGGGGGCGGCUGCAGGAGGGCUGGGGCUGUUGUGGGGGGGGGGGCGGGGAGGGGGAGACCCCGCAGGGUCUGCAGGGGUCAGGAGCGGAGGCAGCCGCUGGCCGGCGGGCUGGAGACGGUUACCUCGGAGCUCUCCCGGGCUGUCUGUGGGAGCGGCCUCCCACCACGGCCCGCGCCCUCCAUCAGGGGCCCUGAGAGGUCCUGGUGACUGGUGCUGUGAUGUUUGUGACAGUUGAGCUGUGUGAGAAAGGGAGCCACUCCCCUCCACCCGCCCUGCAGUGUGAAUGUGCAAAACAGAGCCCCUCAGGCCGAAGCCCCCCACCCCGGCCCCGCCAGAGACACUGGGAUUGAUCAGAGUUGAGCUCCUCCCCCUCCACCCCUGCAAUGCACUGAAACAGGCCCAGCUGACUGCUGCCCGCGCCCGCCACACGCACACACACUCACACGAGCACACUCGCACACACUAAGCUGAGGGGCUGGGGCAUCAGCGAGGCUGGACCCCCCCCCCCCCACCAGGCGGGGUCUCCUUUCCCUUUGGGCCUUAGGACGACUGGGGCUGGGGGGGGGGGGGCUGCUCGGCAUCUUUAGCAAACCUUCAUCCUUGACCCCAAGGUUGUGCCCACCUGGUGCCUUCCGGCCCGUGGCCUGCCUGUGAGCCGAAGGGAGACUCCGGCCAGUUAGCAGGCCUCUGCCCCAGAGCCCACAGCUAGGUCGGCAGGUGCUGUCUCCCGAGGUCUGUGCGACGCCACUCACGGGCUCCAACGCUCUGUUCUGGCUCCUUCCCUCCCCGCCCCCCAUUCCCCCCUGUGCUUAGGAGGUCACGUCCUCAUGUCUAAAUGUCUGAAUAGAAGUACCCCUUGGUUUCUGUCCCCUUCUCCCCAGCAGAUGGCAAGAGUCCCUGGGCAGGGGGAGCUUGGGCCACCGGGCGGGGGCAGGAGGCACACACGGACAGGGCCAGCUGGCCUGCCCUGAUCCUCUUCGUCCUCCUCCCCUGCCCCCCAGAACCCCACUCCCCACCCGUCCCCCCACAUCUGCAGGCCGGGGAGAGGAGCAGGGUCCGCAAGCUUCUCAGCCCCGAGCAUCACGGGCUGGUCUCGUUCCUCUAGUCCCCUCCCUUAAGCCCAUGGCCACACAGCCAGGAGAGGCCUGCCGCCACCGAGAGCCCUGGCGCCCACCUACUGUGAGCCCAGCUGCCCGUCCGAGGAGCCCCAAACCAGUCCCGCCCCUGCUGCUGUUCCAGAGAGCCCAGGGACCCACGCCGGGCUAGGCUCCACUCCCAGAAAGGGGCAGGAGGGCGGUUGCCACAGCCCCGCACUGCCCUGGCCCUUCAGUCUCGGGGCAGCCCUUCUGCUGUUCCCCAGGGACCUCUCAUACACUGGCCCAGGAGGCUCCCCGCCUCCCCUCCAAGAGGUCCCCCCUCGCUGCCCAACGCCAGGGCAGGCAGGUGGGAGGCCCAGCCCCGGCCGCCCUGCUGGUUUUUAGAUGGUCCCUAUGUUGGAAGUAAAAAGUGAAGCACUUUA